UGUUCGUUUGAAGUGCGUGUAGUAUACUUAUAUCGGUCAAUCACUCAGAUCGAACAUUGAUCUAAACUCUACAAACUCGACAUACAUAUAUGACUCAAGCAGAGCAGACGGACGGCCACACAAAAACCAUUUCUACAACUGGCCGUCCAUCACGCACGUCGCAUCACUCGUUGUCGGUGCUGCUUCACUUGAACAGGCGGAAGAAUCUGUCAUUGCUGCUCGUCCCAUCACCGUUUGUCGGCUUCCACCUGCGGAGCGGAGAGACAGAGAGGAAAUUGAAUGCACAGCGAGACGGCGAAAGGUGUCCAUCGGUCAUACCUGCGAAGGAACGUUUCGAAGUUCUCCUCGCCACCCGGAGCACGCAUCAUCCCGACCGCAUUCUCUGCAAUGCCAUGCCAUCCAUUUUCACUCCUACUGCCAUCCAUUUUCACUCAUUCACUCCUUCAUUCAUUCGGUCUAUCCUGUGUACUAUGCCGUGCCUUGCCGUGUCGUGUCAUGUCCUUACUGUGAAUGAUUGUGUCGUCGGGCGCCACCACGACCACUGUUGGCAGCACAUUGAUGCCGUACUUUUUGAUCAGAUACCUGAUCAAAACGCAAAAGCACACCAUGUGAGAUGGACACGCCAUCCCUGGAAGACCACAGAUACCCAUAGUUCUCCAGAGGCAAUGUCGGCCUGUACACACAUGACAGACGAGGAAUGCAGCCGGCCGGCUGACCAUCGUGACACCUGGCCUACCAAGGCAUGCUGGAUGCGAAUCGUUGGAAGGUCUCAGGGUCGCGAUCGCACGGCACGUAGACGACCUCGAAGAUCUUCUUGGGCUGCAGGAUGCGGUACACUUUGAGGAGGAAGGGCAGGAAGCCUUUGCAGUAGAUGCACCACUCGGCGGCAAAGAACAAGCCCACAUGCUGCAGCCAUGGUCACACACGACACACACACACACGCACACACACACACACACAGAGAGAGAGAGAGAGAGAGAGAGGUGCACACGUCCGAGCUGCUGUGCCAAUCACCCCUUGCCCCUGAUACGCACCUUUCCGUUGAGUGUGUCGGUUGCGAGUGCAGAUGGCUUGCCAGUGCCGGGAUCAAACUUCAGCAACAAGCCAGGCUGAUGCACACAGCAACCAAUGAAAUUCAUCCAUCCAUCGCAUCCAUUACCACGGCCGUCUUUGUAUUUCUCUUCACCUCUGUCUGAUCCGCUGGUUUCUCCUGAUUGCGGGACACACGAGUGCCCCACCAACUGCUGCGGGAGAGCCCGUCACUGCCGCUGGUUGCGGUGUCACCCCACCGGAACGUCAUGAGGUGCCAGUCACUCACUUCAAAAACUCCAGAGCACCUUUCCUCACAGAUCCUUCAUGUUGCAGCGGUCCUCUCUGUUUCCAGACGACAUUCCGUGAAACCGCUCUCUCAGCCACUGAAAGCUCGCAUUUGAAACAGAAAGAAGGCUAUGUGUCAGGAUUGCCA